GCGCCGCCGCUUACAGUUCGGCAGGGUGCGCAUGCGUGGUGGGUGGUCAGCUGACUGUCAACCGACUGCGGGAGCUCGAGACGGAGGCGAGGCGGUGCAGAGACGCAGAUCGAUCAAGAUGGAUUUCAGCAAACUUCGCAAAAUACAAGAUGUGGAGCAAGAGACGAUGGUUGGAUUUGUUCAUGGUGUCUCUGGACCAGUUGUCACUGCCUCAAAUAUGGCUGGAGCAGCAAUGUACGAGCUGGUCCGUGUUGGUCACUCUGAGCUGGUUGGUGAGAUUAUUCGCUUGGAGGGAGAUAUGGCCACAAUCCAGGUCUAUGAAGAAACCUCGGGUGUAUCUGUUGGAGAUCCUGUGUUGCGAACAGGGAAGCCCUUAUCUGUGGAGCUGGGACCUGGCAUUAUGGGAGCCAUCUUUGAUGGAAUCCAGCGACCCCUAAAGGACAUCAAUAAGCUGACACAGAGUAUUUACAUCCCCCGUGGGGUCAAUGUAAAUGCUCUAAGUAGAGACCUAAAGUGGGAGUUUACACCUUCCAAGAAUAUGCGGGUUGGUAGUCACAUCACUGGUGGAGAUAUAUAUGGCUUCGUGUUUGAAAAUUCUCUUAUUAAGCACAAGAUCAUGCUUCCUCCAAAAAACAGAGGAACAGUGACAUACAUUGCCCCAGCAGGGAACUAUGAUGUCUCUGAUGUAGUGCUGGAACUUGAAUUUGAAGGAAUUAAAGAGAAGUUCACCAUGGUUCAGGUCUGGCCUGUCCGCCAAGUCAGGCCAGUCACUGAGAAGCUUCCAGCAAGUCACCCUCUACUGACAGGACAGAGAGUGCUGGAUGCACUUUUCCCGUGUGUACAAGGUGGAACAACAGCCAUCCCUGGUGCCUUUGGUUGUGGUAAAACUGUGAUUUCUCAAUCUCUGUCAAAGUACUCCAAUAGUGAUGUGAUCAUCUACGUCGGAUGUGGGGAGCGUGGCAAUGAAAUGUCUGAAGUACUGAGAGAUUUCCCAGAGUUGACGAUGGAAGUUGAUGGUAAAGUAGAAAGCAUCAUGAAGCGAACAUCUUUGGUAGCUAAUACUUCCAACAUGCCUGUGGCUGCCAGGGAAGCUUCCAUCUAUACCGGUAUUACACUUUCGGAAUAUUUCCGGGAUAUGGGAUAUCACGUUAGCAUGAUGGCAGACUCAACCUCCAGAUGGGCCGAGGCCUUGCGUGAAAUCUCUGGACGACUGGCAGAGAUGCCUGCUGAUAGUGGUUAUCCUGCUUACCUGGGUGCACGUUUAGCCUCAUUUUAUGAGCGUGCAGGCCGUGUCAAGUGUCUGGGAAACCCUGAAAGAGAGGGCAGUGUCAGCAUUGUUGGAGCUGUCUCGCCCCCUGGUGGUGAUUUUUCUGAUCCUGUGACAUCAGCUACACUUGGCAUUGUGCAGGUAUUUUGGGGCUUGGAUAAGAAGCUGGCUCAGCGUAAGCAUUUUCCUUCAGUCAAUUGGCUGAUCAGCUACAGCAAGUAUACCCGUGCUUUGGAUGAGUACUAUGAAAAGCACUUCACUGAAUUUGUGCCACUGAGGACCAAAGCUAAAGAGAUUCUGCAGGAAGAAGAGGACCUCGCGGAAAUUGUCCAGCUUGUCGGAAAAGCAUCUCUGGCAGAGACAGACAAAAUAACUUUGGAGGUAGCAAAGUUGAUAAAGGACGAUUUCCUACAACAGAAUGGAUACACUCCCUAUGAUCGCUUUUGUCCUUUCUAUAAAACAGUCGGUAUGCUGUCAAAUAUGAUUGGCUUCUAUGAUAUGGCUCGACAUGCAGUGGAGUCAACCGCACAAAGUGAUAACAAGAUCACAUGGUCAAUUAUCCGUGAGCACAUGGGAGAGAUUCUGUACAAGUUGAGCUCCAUGAAAUUCAAGGACCCAGUGAAGGAUGGUGAGGCAAAAAUCAAAGCAGACUACCUACAACUUUAUGAAGACAUGCAAACUGCAUUCCGUAGUCUAGAAGAUUAAAAUGGGUUUUCACUGAGAAUACUUGAAAGAAAACCUGUUUUUUCCCCAGUAUUUAUGUUUUAUUUUUGUUUCUUUGCAUUCCUUUUCUGUAUUUAACACAUAUGUUGCAUUCAACGUCUGGUUAUUAAUUCUCUGUUCAGACAUCCUUUAUAGAUAUAGUUUAUUCUGGAUGUGUUGGUUCAAAUGUGCGGUCUGCUUACCAGUAGUGAAACACGUAUCAGUAUCCUGUCUCUGCCAUAACUGGUAUUGUAUGCUUUUUAUUUUCUAUAACUCACAAGUCGAGUUCACUUUUUAACCACUGCUAGUGUAAAUGUAACCACCUUCUCUCAUUUCAUAAGCCACUAGCAUAUGUGAGCUGUAAGGUAUCCUUGUUAUAUUAGGCUUUUGUACAUGUUCAGAGUAGUCAUCAUCAUAAAGCUUUAAUAUUGUAGUUUCAUUGACUGAAAUCAAAGCAUUCAGAAUUAACUGUUUUGGCAUGGAGCACUUUUGUGAAACAAUCACCAAUGUGUGAUGCAGUCUUGUGACUUUUUGCCAGAAUGAAAUUGUGGGGAAGGGGAAGUCCAGUAAUAGCAGAUCUGCCAGCUCCACUCUCAACACCAGAUGUUUUAGUUUGUGUUAAGGAGAAACAUGGAGAAUUUAUCUUUGUUGGAUUCCAAUAACUGACCAACUCUAUACAGAUCUGUUCCAAACCCUGAACGCAGAACCAAAGAUGGCUUUCAGAUAUUUUAUUUGUUGGCCAAGAUAAGUUUUAGUCUCUGGGUAAUGUAAGCUUUGCAUAACUUUCCACCUUUGGAUUUUAUACAAAGCACAGGGCUUGGCAUUCUGCCCUGAUUCUAUCUUCAUUUACAGUACAUUUUGUGUUUUCAGAAUCUGAUUCUUCAGUGGCCUUUUCAUAGGAGCCACUUUUAUCCAUAUGAAGAAGAGCCUAAUACUACAUUACCAUUACAGCAAGUCAUCUCUAGGUUUCAGAAACCUGUCAAAUAUGAACUGAUCUUGUUUGUUUUGGAUUGUGAGAUUGAUUCUAAGGCAUGUUACUUGGCCAAGGAGGCUUUGGAAAGCCGUUUAAAAUAUAAAAUUAUGGCAAUAAAAAAGGUACUUUCAAUUUCACAAUCUGUUUUUCUGGUGAGAAAUAGGUAAAUUGGAUUAUGUAAUAGUCAAGGGUGCGCUUCAGAAAACAGCACCAAAGGAAUAAUUGGCACUGCAUGUAGAAAUACAAUGACGCCAUCAUUAACUUGGUGAGACAAACUUUUCAAACCAGAAAGGUGGAUUUGAGGAGAGGUUACAGAAUUUGUAUGUUUGGAACAUGCAACAACAAACCUGUUUAAAACUGGGUUCGCUUUGUUGUUUUUACCCAUGUUGUUCAGUAACUACAUUUGUGUUCUUAAAUUUCAUUUUGUUUGACCAUCAAAAGUAUGGCCUUUCUCUCUGAAUUUUAACUGAUGGAUAAUAUUUUUCUGUCUGUACGGGUUAAUGUUGGUUCAUGAGGUAUGACUAGUCUGGUACUGAAACACUGAACUUCAUGGUAAACAAGCUCAAGUCUGAACUGAGUGUUGGUUUCUCAUUUGUUGGUAUUGUUACUGGAUCUCCAAACCUACAGUAGGAUAUAUUAUUUUGAAGAUAAUGAGUCCAGUGUUACUAAAAAAAAGAUUAUCUCAUUGCUUUUACGUCUAGUGGAAGGAUUCUGCGCUUGCUCUGCUUUACCUAAAAUGUGAUGUUUGGAACUGUUCGUUACACUCCUAAUGCUCUCAGUUGUUAAAAUUCUGAUUGGUAAAAGAAACUUGCUUUUAGUAAUGUGUAUGAUAUUUUUAAAUAUAAAGCAAAAGAUGUAUGAAAGUCAGGUUAAAGCAUUCCUCUCAGAGUUGAGAACAAAGUGAGCAGAGUUUAGAGUGAAAAUUAGUGCUAGUAAGCUAAAUAGUUAAUGUGCAGGUUAAUAUUUUGAAGUCCCAUAUACUCUCAUACAAGGUUAACAAGAAAUCACUAUGAUUAAUAUGGAAUUAGUGUUCAUUGCACAGGAUCAAGAACAUUGCCAUGCUUAAAGCUCUUGCCAGUUCGAUAUACUAAUUUAUGUUAUAAAUCUACUGUUGGUAAGAAUUGUCUAUUUGUUUCAGUCCAGUUUUGACAACCAAUCUGUAUUUUUCAAAAUAGAUUAAAAAUAUUUCCAAUAUUUUACCAACUGGAAAAUAUUCUUAAAUGUGCAAUACUCAUUAUCAUAAUAAAACUUGGAAUGUAGACUACAUUUUUUAAAAACUUGAUUUGAAGAUUCUAUCAAAAUCACUUUCAGUUAUAUAUUCAUUGGUCAAUUGUUCACUUAAAUGUCCAGGAUUCAAUUGUCGAAGGUCAAAGAAAUUAAGUCAAUGUUGUAAAUAACUUUGGAUUUGGCCCUUGGUGCUUUCAUGAUUUUUUUCAAAAAAAUUGAAAGGAUGUUCAUGCAGUAGCUUUGUAAAGAAUGUUUAAUACUUACACUGUGAAAUUACUGAAAGGAAUCAAGCCAGUGGAAAUCUGUCUGACCUAUGCUAGCUUGGCCUAGAAUAUUGGAUCUUUGACUAAAAAGGAAAAACAAGUGCAAAUAAUAAAUACCUGCGGCAAAUGAAGGACCUGGAACAGAAAAGGUGGUUUCCUUAAAUAACACCAUUUUUGUAAACAGAAAGCGCAUGUAAUUCUGAUUCCUGCAGUAAGAAAACAGCUAGUUUCUGCACUUCAUUCAAUCCUGCUGAUUCAAUUCAUGUUGAAAUCCUAAUGCAGCAAAUAGAAAUGAUAUGUGGGUGUAAUUAUCGCUCUAUCAGAUUUUAAAAGUAUAUUUGGAAUUUAAAGUGGUGAUAAAAUAACAUUGUGAUUAAUGUAAGGCAAUAAUUGUUUUCUAAUUUACUUUUCAAGAAAUGAUUUCUUGUGCACAGGAUAGUUAUGUUUUUAAAAUUCAGUCGUGCAAAAUUGUAAAAAAAAAAAUGAGCUAAAUAAAAUUGUAAUUGUGUUCAAUGA